AGCAAUAACCUGCUCUAGCUUCCAUAAUGCCUGUGUUCCAGUUGGUUACUCCCCAUGUUAGGUGGAUAUCACCGCUGAGAGGUUGUCACCUGGCUUUCGUCGAAACGGGCGAAUCUCAAUGUGUGACUUUUCCUUCACCUUGGCUUACCUUAAGUUACUUCAUACACGUGUAGUGGAACUUUACGAACAGACCAGGUUUUGGAUCAGGGAACAGGGCGCCUCGGAAAAACCGCGUGCUCAAGGGAUCCACCAUCUUACGUCGCUGCAAUUGGGCGCGUCAAGACUCGAUUUUUUUUGUUUCGCAAGCUCCAGCUGGGUUCAGCAACUACCCGCACCCAAGAGCUCUGCGUGCACACUAGCAUCAUCAAACCUCGCCGAGAUCGCGUCGGCUCAGUGCAUGAUCCCCUUCCUUCGCAUCUGCAUCACCAUUCUUUCUUUGUUCUAAUUCCAAUUGUCAUUUCUCACUAAUUAACAAAGCUAUGCCUCCUCCGAUGCCCGCGGGUCCCGCCGGGGCCGCUUCGACACCCGUGUCGCCUGAUUCCUCGCUGUGGGAUCGCAUCUCGACCUGGGUAUCAGAAAACAAGGCAAUCGUGUACACUAUUGCUGGCGUUGCUAUUGUCGUCACGGGCGCCGGUGCGGUCUAUUACAUCCGGAGCAGUCCCAGUUCCGAAUCGAAGGACACAACACCCAAGCUCAGCAAAAAAGAGAGGCGGAAACGGAAACAAGCCGAGAGAGAAGGAGAUGCUGAGAAGGCUACCACAUCGACAAGCCCAGCCGAGCCCGCCACUUCGGCUCCCAAGGCUGCCGCUGUCGAAGCUGCCGACGAGCUACCUGAGAUUGACGAAACAACAGUCGAACGUCUGUCCGCGCUUCAACGGAAAGAGUAUGCUGCCAAGUUGAAGGAGGCCGGCAACAAAGCGUACAAUGCGAAGGACCUGGAGAAAGCUAUCGAUCUUUACUCGAAGGCUAUUCUCUGCAAACCGGACCCCGUCUACUUCUCAAACAGGGCCGCAUGCUACAACGCACUCAGCAAGUGGGAAAAGGGAGUCGAGGAUAGCACUGCGGCUCUCAAUCUCAAUCCUGAGUACGUCAAAGCGCUCAAUCGCCGCGCGAACGCCUACGAGCACUUAGGCCAGGAUCGCGACGCGCUCCUCGACCUCACCGUGAGCUGUAUUCUCGACGGGUUCAAGAACGAGCAGACCGCACAGGGCUUGGAGCGCUUGCUUAAGAAAUCCGCCGAGACGAAAGCCAAAGACGUGUUGAAAACGAAGCCCGCCAAGCUCCCGAGUUCCACGUUCGUCGGGAACUACCUCCAGAGUUUCAGAGCCAAGCCUCGGCCGGCCGGCCUGGAGGAUUCGGAAGAGCUUUCAGAGGAAACCGGGAAAGGCCAGUUGCAAAAGGGUCUCAAAGCCUUGGAGAGCAAGACCGGACCCGGGUACGAGGAGGCUGCUGAGGCUUUUGAGAAGGCUUUGGAGCUGGGCGGUCUCGGCGAGCAUGAGGCCUACGCGUAUAACCUCCGCGGCACCUUCAACUGCCUUAAGGGCAAGCACGAAGAGGCCUUAGCGGACCUGUCUAAGAGCAUCGAGCUCGACCCUGAUAUGACACAGAGCUACAUCAAGAGGGCGAGCAUGAACCUUGAACUUGGCUCACCUGAAAAGGCUGAAGAGGACUUCAAGGUGGCUGUCGCCAAGAACGCCGAGGACCCUGACAUCUACUACCACCGUGCGCAAUUGCAUUUCAUUAAGGGCGAGUUUGCAGAGGCCCAGAAGGACUACCAAAAGUCGAUCGACUUGGACCGCGAUUUCAUCUUCUCCCACAUCCAGCUUGGUGUGACCCAGUACAAGAUGGGCUCGAUUGCUUCCUCCAUGGCCACCUUCCGCCGGUGCAUGAAGAAUUUUGAGAAGUCUCCCGACGUCUACAACUACUACGCCGAGCUACUCCUGGACCAGGGCAAGUACCAGGAGGCUAUUGAGAAGUUCGACCGAGCCAUCGAGCUGGAGAGGGAAACCAAGCCAACCUGCAUGAACGUCCUUCCCCUCAUUAACAAAUCUCUUGCUCUCUUCCAGUGGAAGAGCGACGCUUCAGAAGCAGAGAAGCUCUGCGAGAAGGCCCUCAUUAUUGACCCGGAGUGCGACAUUGCUGUAGCUACCAUGGCCCAGCUACUCCUACAGCAGGGCAAGGUUGCCGAGGCCGUCAAGUACUUUGAGCGGGCCGCCGAACUAGCUAGGACCGAAGGAGAACUGGUGAAUGUUCUCCAAUACGCCGAAGCUACGAGAACCCAGAUUCAGGUGCAGGAGAAGUACCCCGACCUUGCGAGGAGGUUGCAGGCCAUGGGCCCAGGGAUGAUGCGGUAAACGGUUGUAACCGCGGAGAGAAAGGGCGAGCAGAGCCAACUCAGCCAUCCAUUGAGGCGAAUGCGCCGCCGGGUUGGCGUGUAAAAUGAAAGAUACGCGGCGAGGGCUGCCGAGCCAGCACAGAUUUGGUUCUAAUUUGUCUUGCGGGACUUUGGGAUUUUCUUCUCGCUAACAUGUAGAGAAGAUGGGUGGUUCGUAAGGAGCGAACCUUCUAUGACGGUGUAACGGGUCCUCGACGAAGGGCUAGGCUAGUUUUUUCGCAUUGACAGGGUCAUGUGGAAGGAUAACAUCUGCGCAGGUAUCCUAGACUGAGGCGUCCUGCGCCUGUAUUGUAUACAAGUGGCUAAUAGUACUGUACUUCCCUCAAGUCGCACCCUGUCCGUUCGCUCUAACUCCGGCUGGCAUGUUAACCUUCUUGGUCUGAACUGGACUCAGUUAUCGUGAUAAAUAGAAAACUCUUAAGAAUGCCUGCUUGA